AUGGGAGUCACGCAUGGAAAGAAGAGAGAUCUUCAACACUCUCCAGAGACUCACCUGAACGGGUCUGUACUGCAGACACACCAAAUUGAACAGCAAGACCGACACUCAGCGCCCCAGGCUCCUCCGUCCCACACACAGAGUGAGGAGGAGAGCGAUAAUCUCAUCAGACCCCAAAAACCUCUCAAUCCAGUAACGGCCUCCAAGAGCCACCAGGAGCUGCACAAAGAACUGCGGAUGACUCACAAGAAGAGAGUUUCUCAAGAAGGGAAGACUGAACUCCAGAGGGCUUUAGAAAAGAGGAGAUGGGAACAAAGGAUGAAGGCGAGCAGGGAUCAGGAAGAGGCGAAGAAGAACAUAUCACCACUUCAUCAGGAACUGCUGAAAAGACAUCAGAGGCUAGAAAAGCUGGAGAAAGACAAAGCACAAGAGCGAGAGGGGCCAGAGUUCCUCCAAGUCAAAGAGAGACUGAGAAGAACUGCAGUGUUGGACGCAGGAGGAGAAGAAGUGUGAAAUGUAUGCGUUGUGCUUGUAUGAGCAUGUUUUGGGUUGACAGUCGGCACAAUGGACUGUUGGGAUAGAGUGAGAGACUGAUCUUCACAAUUACCACUUAGGAGUUUUUAGUUAAACGCACUAAAAUCUUAUCGGAAGUAAGAUUCGGCAGCAAAUGUAAAAAGUCUGAAAUGAAUUAAAGGUGAAAAAUAAGUUAGUGAUUUAGCUCCAGAAUGAGCCCCCUGGAUCGUGGUGUAGACAGCAGACAAGUGGAAAAAUGUAAUCCUCUUUUAAUUUUCACACACACAUGUACACAACACAGUACACACAGCUAAAUGUAGACUCUGCGUUUAACCCAUCCCAGUAUUAGGAGCAGUGGGCUUUUAGUCUCAGACUCUCCAUACUUGUUUUGUUCGGGGCCUUGAACCUGGGAA